UUGAACAGAACUCGCAGUCCUAGCUUGAAAGUACCAAAGGCAUUGUCGUGUAAGACAUGAUGACCAAUGCUGGUUUUCACCCUUUCUCUCACUCAGACCGACCACGCUUCUCUGAGUUUCCCCGUUGCUUCACCUCUUCUUCUUCUUCUUCUUCUUCUUCUUCGGCGUCUCUCUCUAUUCCCAACCGUCCUCCUCUCAGAUACGCCGUGCUUGGUGCUGGUUUUGCUGGAAUCUCUGUUGCCUGGCACCUGCUUAAGGAGUGUCCAAAGGAGCUGAGAAUAAGUGUCGAUAUAUAUGAUGAAACUGGCAUAGGAGGUGGAGCUUCUGGAGUCUCUGGAGGGCUCCUCCACCCUUAUUCUCCUAAAGGUAAGCUACUUUGGCAUGGUGCUGAGUGUUGGAGAGAGUGUUUAGAGCUCUUAAAUGUUGCCGAGACAGCGGCUUCUUCUGGUUACCCAUCUGCGGAGAAGGGAGACUAUAACGAGUAUUUCGGAAAUUUUAUGGUUAGAAGAAGGGGAAUCUUGAGACCAGCAACAAAUGCCAAGACUUUAGAUUUGAUGAGUGAUAAUGCUCGAAACUGCCUUGCUAGUUGCUUAGUAGAGACUAUUGACAGAGAUGCUGCACAAAAUCUUGUCCCCAAUCUAUGCCUGCCUUUGAACUGCGCCUUCUCUUUUCCAGGCGCGAUGAAUGUUAAUCCGCAGCUAUAUCUCCAGGCACUCUUUCUUGCAUGCCAGAACUCAGCAAGCACAUCACUUGGUAGGAAAAACGUAACCUUGGUGAAGAAAUCUAUAGAUGAUGUGCUUGAACUUGAAGGAGAAUAUGAUGCAGUUGUAAUAUGUCUUGGAUCCAAGGUAGACUUUCUUACAGGACUUACUGGAAAGCUCCCUUUAAGGACAUGCCGAGGUGUCAUUACUCAUUUGCAGUUACCCGAGAGUGCUAGGGGUUACCCUGAUGGUGGACCUUCAAUCUUGUCAGAUGCAUGGCUCGCAGUUCAGGGAUCUCGUAAUCUACACAUGGGAUCCACAUGGGAAUGGCAAUCAAGAAAUUAUUCAUCGGAUGUUACAGCAGAGGAAGCUUCAAGAGCUCUCGCCGAGCUUCUUCCGAAGGCGAGUGCAGUUUAUCCAGACAUAGAGAAUUGGAGAUUUGCGGGAGCAAGGGCGGGGUUGAGAGCAAUGCCGCCUGUCACAAGCCAUGGGUCACUGCCACUCUUGGGAUGUGUAAAUAAGCUCAUAGGUGCAGCAGGUGAGUCUAGCAAAUUCUGGGUAUUUGCAGGGCUUGGAUCAAGGGGACUACUCUAUCAUGCUUGGCUUGGGAAACUUAUGGCUAAUGCUGUUUUAAGUUGUAAAGAAGAACAAAUCCCUUCUGAACUAACUUGUUGGAAGAAAAACAAAUAAUAACAUUACUGUUUGCUUAUCAGCCCAAUUAAAUUGUAUUUGAAAAUGUGUAGUAGUCA